AUGGGCAAGGUAAGCAUGCAAAUUUAAAAUCUAUAUAACAAAAGAAAUUUAAAGUUAAGGUGUGCAUUUUCUACAUCAAUAGUCCUUAAAUUGAAAAAACAAAUCCACACAUUAGUUCUGCCAAAAAAACAACAAAAAAAAAGUCUUCGACCUUCAACAAAAUAAGUUAGUUUUUGAGCCGUGUAACCAUAACACCAAGGGUUUUAAAAGCUUGAAAAUGUAAAGACUUACUAACUACAGAUAAGCACACAAAAUAAAAGCUCCAAAAUAGAGCAUACUUUUUUUUUUUUUUUAAAAACAGGCCUUUGUCUAUUGUCCACAAUAGUCAAAAAAAGUCAACCGAUCAAGAAGUCUUCAUACUUCUCAAAGCAGCAAACCAAGAGUUUUCAUCUUCAGAAAGUAUAUUACUCACCAUACUGUAUAUUUUUAUAUAUAAAUUUUUCAUUUUGUUGAUAACUGAAAACAUUUCUGCCUUAUUUUAUGGUUAGUUAAUCUACAAUCAUCCACUUUAAAUUACUCUGACAUAGACGGUGCAAUCUCUUGCUUAAAAUUCCAAAUUACAUUAAAUUUAUACCGACUUUUUUAAAAAUAAUCACUGUUAAAUUUUCUGAAAACAGCAGAACUUAUCAAUAUAUGUAUAUAAAGUGUAUUAGCUGUGUUUAAAUUUGUCUUGUGUUGCUGAUGAUGUCUACCAUCGUGUGCAGAUUAUCUUCUACGAAGACAGGAAUUUUCAAGGCCGUCACUACGAGUGCAAUAGUGACUGUCCUGAGAUGCAAGACCACUUCAGCCGCUGUAACUCGAUACGAGUUGAGAGCGGUUGUUGGGUGGCCUACGAGAAGCCCAAUUACAGCGGCUACCAGUACAUGCUGCACAAGGGCGAAUAUCCUGACUACCAACGCUGGGCAGGCUUUAAUGACUGUAUCCGCUCCUGCCGUAUGGUGCCUCCUGUAAGUUUAAAGCCAGACUCUAACCUGUUUGAACCAAUGCUAUCAAAAGGUUCCUGCUGAAGAGCCAGUGUGGAAUCAGCUAUAACAUGAUCCUAGUCCUACAGUUUGAGCUACCACCAUUAAAAAAUGUCUUUUUGGCUUAACCUAAAAAUGUAGCUUUCAAGAGGCCGAAAAAACAUCAAGACUGGAUCAUUGGAUAAAUUUGGGUGUUUCUGAUAGAUUACUAAUAUCGUUUUUAUUCCCGUCAUGUCUUUCGUAGUACAAUGGGAACUACAGGAUGAAGAUCUUUGAGCGAUCUGAUUUUGGAGGCCAGAAUAUAGAGGUAAUGGAAGACUGCCCAGAUCUGAACGAGCGUUACCACACCCGCGACAUCUCCUCUGUCAAUGUCAUGGAGGGCUACUGGAUGCUGCAUGAACACCCAAAUUACAGGGGACGCCAGUACUUCUUGCGCCCCGGAGAGUACAGGAGGCACAGUGAGUGGGGCAGCACCACUCCUACCAUUGGGUCUCUGAGACGUGUCACUGAAGCCAACUGA